AUGGCGGUCUUCGCCGAAUUGAUCCAGAGUCCCUACGCGGUCCAAGGUCUAGUCGUUUCCCUUGUCGCCGUGCUGCUCUCCAUAUUUUGGCAAGAUCUGGCAGACGAAAUUCCCCAUCGUCGAAUCCCCCUUAUCGGUAAAGAUGGAUGGGAUCUUCUCAAUAAGAAGACCAGACAGCGCUUUAAAUCGAGUGCUCGAGAAUUGAUCAUGGAGGGGUUCUCUAAGGGUGCGAAUAUAUUCCAACUCAUCUCCGAGAGGCCAUUGGUGAUCCUUCACCCUAAGUAUAUCGACGAGAUCAAGAAUCAUCCCCAUUUGGAUUUCCAGGGUGCUGUUGAAAGAAACUUCUUCGACGAUCGAAUCUCUGGGUUUGAACCAUUCCAUCCUGGCGUCGGCGGGCAGGUAACUGUUGAUUUGGUGCGGACCAAGUUGACCCAAGCACUCGGGUUAGUUACUACCGACAACAUCUAUCUAACUUCUCUUCUUAUCCACGAAGAAUGGACACCCUACAACUUCUCCGCAAAGAUCCCCUACGUCGUAGCACGUCUCUCAACCCGCGCCUUCCUAGGCGAAACGCUCGCCAACAACAAAGAAUGGAUCGAAAUCUCAGUCAACUACACCAUCGACGCCUUCAACGCCGCCCGUGAACUGCGGCAGUGGCUAACCAUCCUGCGUCCGGUGGCGCAGUACUUCCUCACGACAACAAGGAAACUCCGAAACCACCUAGCGCAGGGAAAAUUGAUCAUUGAUGCGGAAAUUAAGAGACGACACCAGGCCGCCAAAAACAAAACCGAAACUGAGAGCGAAAAUGAACCCCGAGUUCAGGAUACAUUGGACUGGUACGAGUCAUUGUCUAAGUCAUCUGGUCGAUCUGUCAAUAUAUCGAAUGGCCAGAUAGCGCUGUCAUUGGCAGCUAUCCACACCACUUCUAACCUUUUGACGAAUGUUAUGUAUGACCUCGCCGCGUACCCGGAAUAUAUCCAGCCACUGCGCGAUGAGAUUCGGGCCGUUAUAGCUGAGGACGGAUGUUUGAAGAAGUCUAGUCUGUUGAAGUUGAAGUUAAUGGACAGCGUGAUGAAGGAGACGCAGCGAAUUCAUCCGGUCUCUAUGAGUGAGUUUAAUCCUCCCCAAACACCAACCCGCGUGCAAUCCUCGGGCCUGGGGCUCCCCUUCCAUAUGGAUUGCCCAGAAAGGAAAUCCCCCCUAUCAGACGGAACGGUCAUACCAAAAGGCGCAAUGGUCGGAGUAUCAACACACACCAAUGAAGACGAAACAAUCUACCCCUCCCCACAAAUCUACGACGGCUACAGAUUCUACAAAAAGCGCCAGGAACCCGGCAACGAGCAACGGUUCCAAUUCGUCACGACCUCGCGCGAGAGUUUCGGUUUCGGUCACGGGGUGCAUGCUUGUCCCGGUCGAUUCUUUGCAGCGAAUGAGUCGAAGAUUUUUCUCGUACAUUUGUUGCUUAAGUAUGAUUGGAAGUUGAAGAGUGGUGAUGGUGAUGGUGGUGUGGCUGGGAGGCCGGCGAAUUUCGAUCAUGGGACGGAAAUCAUUACAGAUCCGCGUGUUGAAUUGCUCUUUCGCUCCAGGAGGCCGGAGAUCGACCUUGCGGCGCUUGGGGAGUAG